AUGACAAUCCAGGCUACAACUGAAGGCUCUAGCUCUGCAAAUCCCGAAUGGCCUGACAUUAUCAAUGUCCCUGCUGAAGGAAUCCCCUACUUCAGUCCAGCCCAGAUCCCCGCCGCCGGUACCGCUAUACCCAAUGGCCAAGUUAUUCCAAAACUCUUCCAACCGCUCACUAUCCGCGGCGUAACUUUCCAAAACCGUAUUUGGGUCUCGCCGAUGUGCCAGUAUUCCGCACAAGAUGGACAUUUGACUGAUUGGCAUAUCGCCCAUCUCGGCGGUAUCUUAUCUCGUGGUCCGGCUUUAACCAUGAUCGAAGCUACUGGUGUGGUUCCUGAAGGCAGAAUCUCUCCUGAUGAUUCUGGAUUAUGGAAGGAUAGCCAAAUUGAACCCUUGAAGCGAGUUGUGGAUUUUGCGCACUCGCAGAAUCAGAAGAUUGGUAUUCAAUUGGCACACGCUGGAAGGAAAGCUAGUACCGUACCACCAUGGUUGAGCCGAAAGGCCAUUGCUAAUGAAAAUGUCGGUGGCUGGCCUAACAAUGUCAAGGGAGCCUCGCCAGUCCCCUUCGACGUCGGAAACCCGAUUCCUCACGAAUUAACCAUCCAGGAGAUCGAAGAACUCAAGGAGGCAUGGGGUGCUGCCACUCGUCGUGCUGUUGCCGCCGGAAUCGAUGUUGUCGAAGUCCAUGCUGCUCACGGUUACCUCCUUCACUCGUUUUAUUCCCCAGCCUCCAACUUCAGAACCGAUAAAUAUGGCGGUAGCUUCGAGAAUCGUAUUCGUUUACUCGAAGAAAUCAUCGAUGUAACCAAGGCCAAUGCAAAGCCCGAGACAUUGAUUUUCGUCAGAUUUACAGGAUCUGACUGGCUUGAGUACGACACUUCGAUCGAAUCGUGGAAAACUGAAGAUGCAGUUAGACUCGCUCAAGUCCUAGCACGAGGCGGAAAAGUCGACCUCUUCGAUGUCUCUUCAGCCGCAAACUCGCCAAAGCAGCAAAUCAAGAGCGGUCCAGGCUACCAACGUGUUUUCUCGAAGGCGAUCAAGCAGGGCCUUAAGGCAGAGGGUCUAGAUGUGGCAACCAGUACCGUCGGCUUGAUUAACACUGGAACACUAGCCAACCAGAUUUUGGAUGAAGGCGAUGCAGAUGUCAUCUUUGUCGGUAGACCGUUCCAGAAGAACCCUGCACUGGUUUGGUCGUGGGCUCAAGAACUUGGCUUGGAAGUUAGAGCAGCGAACCAGAUCGGGUGGGGCUACGGACAGAAGAUUGGAGGCGGUAUUAGGCACCAUAGUACACUAUAA